CUUUAUUCAAAAUCAAUACAAAACAUAUACAAAGAACCUCAAUAUCCAAUAAGUUCAAGAAUGUGACAACCUCUUUCUUUAAUUGAUUCAUUUCGAAUGCACUGAUUUAUUUUACAUUUGAUUAUUUUUACAAUUUGUUUACCACAAGAAAUACAUUUUCUAAUUCGGUAGCCUAAACAGAUGUUUCUUUCAGUAAAUAUACACAAACAAAUCGAAUAACCACAGUUUGGCGAAUUGGCGUGAGACCUCUUGCUGCUGACCUGGAAAACAGAGGCUGACUUUUUAAGAGCUAAAACGUUUCCCCCCCCCAAUUGGUCUUCAAUAAAACAACGACAAAAACCUGUUCCUAACCUGAAACAAUGUUGUUCAUCAGACUACAGGCUAUAUUUCUUGUUUUCAUCACUAACACGUGGCUGCUCAGCCCGGUUCGCUCCGAUGCAAUGAGCCGGUACAAGCGCAGCAUGGUCCGGCGGGCAGACAGUGAGCUCUCCAGGCUAGCAGGUGAACCCUGCACCUCGUCCGGCGUCUGGAGGUCCUUGCGGCAACCCCGCUCCCUCUCCCCGUCCCAACACCGCCCUCCAGCGGUCCGUCCGAGGACACACACGAGCCGGAGAGAGCCGUACAGUGUUAAGAGCGCUCCUUCGGUUUGUGAGGGAGGGUGCAGCAGGUUUGACACCGGGGUCCACCGGGUCGCUGCCGCGGGGGAGGAUGUGGUGGAGAGUGCUGGGGACGGAUAUGAUACGGUUACCGGACGGCACUUUGAGGACAGCCACACAAACGACAAGCGAAAGACAAAUGAUGUCAGUGAAAGCACCACGCAGCAGCCCGGAAAGCCUCUCCUUAAAGACCCCGGGAAACCCGUGUCCUCCUCGGGCCACACGAAGCCCUCCCGCAGCACUCGCUCGAGGGUCACUCGCAGCCUCGGUGGCGCGUCUCCGUACGAGGAAGACGGUAACUCCAGCUGGGAGAAAGUUUUCCCCGACAGCUCAACAGAUUCCAGGGGUCUCCUGGUACUUUACAGGCUGCAGCAGGAAGAUGGAGACCAGCAGUCCUCCACCGGUAACAUUGAGGAUAGUACCGAGGACUACUCCGGGGAAGUGGUGGAGGAGGAACAGCCCGCGAACAUGCCUGUCGGGAGUUCCCUUCCCUGGGGGAGUCCCUUGCCAAGGGUGCCCCCUUCCUGGAUGACUGCCCUGUACUUCAGUGGACGCAGGGAGCAGCUGAAGGUGAAACCGGCUGCAGGGGUGGAGCUGCCGAGGGCCAAGUUCAGCCUGGAGCUGUGGGUGAAGCCUGAGGGAGGGCAGAGCAACCCUGCAGUCAUAGCAGGUGUAUUUGACAACUGUUCCCAUUCACUAAGUGAGAAGGGCUGGUCGGUAGGUGUCCGCACUGUGGAACCCGCCAGUGCCAAAGACGCACGGUUUUACUUCACGCUUCGCACAGACCGAGCUUUAAAAUCCACCACUGUCUUAAGCCACCAGCGUUACAGAGCCAACGCCUGGACUCACCUGAUGGCUACUUACAACGGCCACAACAUGACCCUGUAUGUUGAUGGAGCUAAGGUGGGAGAGAGCAGUCAUCAGUCGGGGAAUCUCUACAGUCCUUACAUGAAGACAUGCAGAACCCUAUUCCUUGGCAGUAACCAAUCGGAUCAGGGAAACAGCUUCAGGGGCCACAUAGGGGGUGUGGUGUUGUGGGGCUAUGACCGCUCUCAUGAGGACCUGCUAAAGCGGCCACUUCAAACUGAUAAAAGCGAGCCAUUGGUGGCAAUGUGGGCUGACUUCACUAAUGUGGAACAGCUAUGGACUCCUAACAAAGUUGGCCUCCAUCCAACAAUCAUCACCACUCCUGUCCCUGAACAAGAACUUGUAUCCCCGUUCCUGCCGCCACCCUGUGGCCUGACACCCUGCGACAACACCGACAUCAUCUCCGGCUACAACAACAACUGGCAGCUCCGUGCUAACAAGCAAGUUCGCUACCAGAUCGUCAACCUCUGCAAUGACUCUGGUGGAAAUCCCACCGUGUCUGAAGCCCAGAUCCAGCUCCAGCACCUGGCUCUAACUGAGGCAUUCCGCCCUUACAACAUCACCCUGGAUCUGAGCGUGCACACUGUCAGAAACUCCAGCUUCAGAGAGCGGUUUAUCCUCAGCAACUGUCGGAUUGGGAAGAUUGGGAACCGCAAAUGUGACCCUGAGUGCGACCACCCGAGGACAGGCCAUGACGGAGGGGACUGCCUUAGAUUGGGACUCUGCUACAACUGGAAGAGACAGGAUGGAGUUUGUAACAUGGAGUGCAACAGUAUACACUAUGACUACGAUGAUGGAGACUGCUGUGACCCGGGGGUCACUGACGUCCUCAAGACCUGCUUCGAUCCCGAGUCCCCUGACAGGGCCUAUAUGAGUGUAAAAGAGCUAAAGGAGGCCCUACACCUGAGCGGCACUGACAACCUCAAUGUAUUCUUUGCCAGCAACUCAGUGCGUGAAGAGCUGGCAGGAGCUGCAACCUGGCCAUGGGCAAAAGAGUCUCUAACCCACCAAGGUGGGAUGGUUCUGAGCCCGUCCUACUUUGGUACCAUGGGCCACCAGAACACCAUGAUUCAUGAGAUGGGCCACAUACUUGGACUUUACCAUGUUUUCAAGGGGGUGAGCGAGCGGGACUCUUGUGAUGACCCAUGUCAGGAGAUCACCCCAUCCAUGGAGACAGGAGAUCUGUGUGCUGACACUGCACCAACACCCAAAUCAAAAGCCUGCCAUGAUCCCGGAACCGUCAAUGAUUCCUGCGGAGUCACCAUGUACCACAACACACCUUAUAGCAACUACAUGAGUUACACAGAUGACAACUGCACCAACCAUUUCACCCCCAACCAAGUGGCCCGAAUGCACUGUUAUCUGGAUUUGGUCUACCAGAAGUGGCUAAUGGACCAGCAGCCGUCUCCCACCCCUCUGGCCCCCAUAGUGACAGACCAGAGUCCAGAUUCUGUCUCCAUCUAUUGGCUGCCACCUUUGAGGGGAAUGCUUUACCAGAGCUCCUCAUUCCAUGUGUCUGGAAUCAACUGCGGAGACUGUGAGAAAGACGGCGCUUUGCACCAAUAUGCCUCAGAGGCUACAUCACCUCGCAUCUGUGACACCUCAGGCUACUGGACCCCCGAGGAAGCAGUCGGCCCGCCCGAUGUGGAGCAGCCCUGUGACCCCAGCCUACAGGCCUGGAGUCCUGAGCUCAGCCUUUAUGACACAAAUGUGACCUCGCCGUGUCCCGACACUGAGGGCUGCACCCUCACACUACGGUUCCUCCACCCAAUCAUCCCACACGCACUCACCCUUUGGGUCACCUACAUUUCAUCAAAUAACCCAGCUAUAGCCAACAUAGAGCUGAUAACAGACACGGGGAAAAGCAUCAAUCUCGGACCGCAGCACGUCUUUUGCGACAUGCCCCUCACGUUGCGCCUCAACACCAACAAUGCUGCCGUUGCCACCAUAAAAAUCUGCACCUUCGACGAGAAGAUGGAGAUUGACGCCGCCAUGUUGUCUUCAGGCCCCGGCAGCCCUCUGUGCACCGGCUGCCAACCCCUGGUUUACAGGAUUCAGCGGCAGCCGCCCUUCGCCAGCAAAUCCCCCCCGCCUCAGACACAGCAGAUGUUCACCGACAGCUCUGUAAGGCAGGGAGUCAGGUACCACUACACAAUCCAAGUGGAAGCAGAAGGUCUCCUCAGCGACCCGUCCCCAUCUCUCCUCUACACCCACGGGCAAUCCUACUGUGGAGACGGCCUCAUCCAGGGGACAGAAGAUUGUGACGACACUAAUCUUCUGGAUGGGGACGGUUGCUCUAAGAAAUGCCACAAGGAGAUUGGCUUCAACUGUCAUGGUGAGCCAAGUCAGUGUUAUGUUUUUGACGGUGACGGUGUGUGCGAGGAGUUUGAGAGGGGCUCCAGCGUUCAGGACUGUGGUUACUUCACACCUUUGGGCUACACCGACCAAUGGGCAUCCACCGCCACUGCUUCUCACCAGAACCCCGACCACUGUUCAGCCAAUGCUGCCACCGGAGAGCCAUCACUUACCAAGCUCUGCAGGUACCAACACCUGGAGGUGAGUGAGAGAAUGCCCACGGACGCCUGGUUCCCCUGUGUAGCUCAGUCCGACACAAACAAUGACCUGGAACAUCCAUUUUGGCUAAAGGUGGGAUUUCUCCACCCUGGAGUGGCAGCCUCUGUGAUGGUGUACCUGGCUUCAGAUGGGUCAUGGUCUGGGGAGCAGUGCCGGAGGACAGCCACCAUCCUCCUGUCUGAUACUACUGGCAAAAACCACUCACUAGGCACGCAUGACCUCUCAUGCCAUCGGAACCCGUUGGUGGUGAAUGUGACCCAUGACCUUUCUCGACCCUUCUUCAUCUCGGCCUCUGUUAUUCUCAUCUUCUCCUCCCCCUUUGUGGCAGUGGGAGGCGUGGCCCUGAGGACCUCCUGCCACUUUAGCACCUUCGCCCUGACCGGCUGUUUGCGGCAACCGUGUCAGUUGGACAGCUGCAGGCCUCCCCAUUUAGAGCACGCCACUGUGAGGUGUACAGGAGGAGGGGAGUCCUCUCACUGCUCAGUUCAGUGUCGUCGUGGUUUCAGCAUCAGUGUCCACAACAGCAGGGGAACCGUAUCCCACCAGAGAGAUGCUCAUCUGGAGUGUUUCCAUGGUUCCUGGGAUCGUGUGGUCAGCUGUCAGCCUGUAGACUGCGCCCUGCCCGAUCAGUCUCAUGUCUACCACGCUAUAUUCAGCUGCCCCUGGGGAACCACCUUUGGCAAACAAUGCUCCUUCACCUGUGGAUCACCAGCUAUACUGCAAGGUGACAGUGACCGGUUGGUGUGCUUGGAGGACAGUCUCUGGUCUUUCCCAGAGGCCUACUGCAAGAUCGAGUGUGCAGAGGUUCCAGACAUACCCGAUGCCAAACUGCUUACUGCAGACUGCCUGGCCUCAGGGCACGAUGUUGGCUCUGUGUGCCGUUACAAAUGCAACACAGGCUUCUAUGUAAUGGGGAGCAUCAAAAAGAAGACACCGCGGAAGUUUUUAAAGAUGGAGUGCCUGGAGGGGGGGCAGUGGGAGACAAGUACCUGUGAGCCCAUAUCCUGCGCAGCCCUUCCCGAUGUGUUCCAGGGCAUGUACAGCUGCACCAAUGGCCUGUACUAUGACUCCCUCUGCACCCUGAGGUGCCCGGAUACCACAGAGAAUAGGGAGAUCCGUUGCUAUAAGGAUGGUGAAUGGACUGCAGAGUUCACCAUGUGCUCCACGCUACAGGGAUCGUGCUCUCCUCCUCCCGAUCUCAACUCGGUAGAGUACAGCUGUGACCAGGGGAUGGAUGUCGGUGCUGUUUGCUACCCAACAUGCAUUGUGGCUCUGGACAUGGAUCUGCGUGAUCCGGUGAUUCUACCCAAUGACAAUACAGUUGAGUCUUUAAAGCACUGGAUGCUACCAACCACAGUCCAGAGCAUAGUCUGCACAGGGAUGAUGAAGUGGUACCCCGAGCCGCAACACAUCCAUUGCAUCCAGUCAUGUGAG